UCCAUACUUCAAUCUCUAAAAUCCGGUCAUAAUAUAAAAGCAAACAAAGACAUAUUUUUUGUGAUAUUUGGACAAAAUGCAAAUUGAGUCUCAGCCAGUAAUGUACUCGAACCGCGAACACCAAGGGGAGAGCAUUUCCUUGGGACAGUACGGACAAUAUGGCUCGAAUCUCGAGUCCGACGAGCAGCCAAAGGGCUUUGGAUUUAGCAACGACAGCAUUCGGCGCGGAUUUAUUCGGAAGGUGUACUUGAUCCUUUUGGGCCAGUUGGUCACUUCCCUGGUGAUAAUCUCGAUUAUGGUCUUCAACACAGAAUUCCAGUAUGCUGUGGCCAGGAACCCUUGGGUUCUCAUGAUAUCCUUCAUAAUGACAAUCGCCAUUUUGGUGAUACUGGUCUGCAACGAAGACCUGCGUCGCCAGACGCCCGCCAAUUUUGUGCUCCUAGUGUGUUUUACGAUAGCCCAGUCCUUCUUGCUGGGCUCAGCCGCCUGUCACUACGCUCCAAAGGAGGUUUUUACAGCCGUAUUGAUUACGACUGCAGUUUGCCUGGGACUUACGCUCUUUGCCCUGCAAACGAAAUAUGACUUCACCAUGCUGGGCGGUAUCCUGGUGGCCAGUGUAAUUAUCCUGAUAUUUUUCGGUAUCGUCACCAUGUUUGUGGGCGGAGGUUUGGCUUCCACUAUAUAUGCCUCUAUAAGUGCUGUGGUAUUUUCAGUUUAUUUGAUUUACGAUACCCAGUUAAUGAUGGGCGGCAAUCACAGAUAUUCAAUCAGUCCCGAGGAGUAUAUUUUUGCAGCAUUGAAUCUUUAUAUCGAUGUGGUAAACAUAUUCAUGGACAUUCUCAGACUUAUUGGAGGAUCAGACGGCUAAGAAUGCCAAUAAGAACUCACAACAAUAAUGCCUAUAACUAAGUAAUAAAAAUAAAUAAUGAACCAUCUACUAUAAUUCCUGACACUUAUGUCAUUAUUCACAUUAGC